AUGGCGGCAUUGUCCACGCACAGCCUCAAAGUCAUCGUCGUCGGCGCCGGCCCGGCCGGUCUCUGCGCCGCCGCGGCGCUGCGCCAGCACGGCCACGCCGUCACGGUCCUCGAGCGCCAGCGCGGCCUGCAGAGCCAGGGCAACGCGCUCGUCAUCCAGCCUGCCGCGGUCAAGGCGCUAUCGCACCUGCGCGGCGCGCACGCGGCGCUCGACGCCGUCAGCGUGCGCAGCGACCGGCUGUGCUACUGGUCGUACCGCGGCGACGCGCCGUUUGCGACGACGGACCUGCUUGACAGGCGCUUCGAGACGGACAGGCCCUCGGUGCAGCGCGUGCUGUAUGAAUUGGCGGUGGCGGACGGCGUCGAGGUGCAGUUUGGCCGGAAUAUCGAGCAUGUGGAGGACCAGGGCCACAAGGCGACUCUACGGACCAGUGAUGGUCAAGUACUCGAAGGCGAUGUCAUAGUCGCUGCGGACGGAAUCAAGUCUCGAGUGCGGGCAUGUCUCUUCCCCCAGCGCAACACCGACCCCAUCCCCCUUCGCGAGUCCAUCUUCCUCGCCACCCUGCCCGUCUCGCAGCUCCAGGCCAACCCCGACCUCGCAGGGUGGCUCGCCCCCGGGACCACGCACGGCACCCUCGGCCCGGGCCGCUUCGUCCUCAGCCGGCCGCUGCACGGCGGGCAGUACGGCGUGCAGUUCAUCGACGUCGACCACGCGGACCCGGGCCCCGUCGACGGCACCUGGAACGCGCCCGCCGACGUGUCGCGCCUGCGCGCUCUCUUUGCCGACUUUAACCCCAUCACGCGCGCGUGCCUGCGCGAGAUUGAGCGUGCGGAAAAGUGGCAGAUUGCUGUCGGCCCGGCGCUCGACACCUGGCGGAGCGGAAACGGCGGGCGCGUCGUGCUGCUUGGCGACGCGGCGCACGCCAUGAUCCCGCAUGCCGCGCAAGGCCUGAGCCAGGGCAUCGAGGACGGCAUCAGCCUCGCGCGGAUGCUGAGCGGCGGCGGCGGCGGCGGCGGCGGCGCGAGUGUUGGGGCGGUGACGGAGGCCUGGGAGAGGAUGCGCAAGCCCCGCGCGGAGCUGUUUGUGCAGCGGUCGAUGAACAACGCUCGGCUGCGCAGCCUGCCGGAUGGCGCGGCGCAGGCCGCGCGCGACGAGCAAAUCGUGCGCUCGGCCGGGAGGAAGCCGCAGGACGCCAGGGACGUCAAGAUGGACAUGGGUGCGGAUCAGAAUAGUCCCGAGUUUAUGAAGUGGGUGAGGGAGUAUGAUGUUGUGGCAGAGGCCGAGAGAACCAUGAAGGAUAUAUUGUAA